CAGAUAACGGCAGUAUUAUGGUGUGUAGAUUUACUGUACGCAGUAUCGCCGUGUACUGAUUUACUGGGCAGUAUGUACGACAAAAAGGCUGACGAGAAGACAGCUCUUCUCGGGAAGAGGUGGAAUGACGACAACGAUGAAGAUGACUAUUCGGAAUAUAAAAAAGUACGUUGUAAUUUCAUCUUGGCACGCCAUGUGCUGGCGUUGAUGUUCUUCGUGGGAUUCAUGAAUUUAUACAGCGUUAGAAACAACCUGAGUGUCGCCAUCGUUGCCAUGGUGAACACCACUGGUCAGCCAGUGCAGCUAUAUAACGAAUCGGAGUGUUACCGGCCUGGUGAGGAUGAUCCGACCAGUGCAGUUGAUCAGUCUGGCGAUUUUUUCUGGGAUAGCUACCAGCAGGGAAUACUUCUUGGAGCAUACUAUUAUGGCUAUGCUAUCGCCCAGGUGUUUGGUGCUUGGAUGGAGAAACGCAUUGGUGGUAGAAUUGUAAUGGCAUGUAGUAUGGGGUUAGCUUCCAUUGUCACAUUACUCACACCACCAGCGGCAUAUUUAGGGUUUUGGGUUAUAUUUUUAUGCCGAUUCCUUAUAGGACUUUUUCACGCUGUUGUCUAUCCAACUCACCACGGGAUGUGGGGUAAAUGGGCGCCCCCUCUGGAGAGAAGUAAACUUCUUUCUUUUGAUACGUCAGGCACUACAAUAGGUACUGUGGCAAUUAACUCACUUGCUGGAGUGUUAUCGGCAGCUUAUGGAUGGCCGUCUGUUUUCUAUCUCUCAGGGGGCCUAUGUUUGAUAUGGUCGGUAUGCUGGUUUCUAAUAAUACACGAUACUCCAUCAAAACAUCCCAGGAUAACAAAACGGGAGAAAGAUUACAUCAUCAAUUCCAUUGGUCCUAGCGCUGUGGACAUGGAUACUCGAAUACCAUGGAAGGCGAUAUUUACAUCCAUCCCUGUCUGGGGGUUGGUUAUUGGUCAUACAUUCAGUAACUGGGGUUUGUACACCCUGAUGACGGGACUCCCAUCAUUCAACUCCCAAGUAUUGGCCUUUGAUCUGAGUGCGAAUGGCGUCAUAUCUGCACUACCGUACGCUGGGUCUUGGGUCUUCACCGUAGUCGGUGCUUAUAUAGCAGAUGAAUUACGAAGUAGGAAAAUUAUGACAACUAAAGCUGUCAGACGAUUAUUUACAGUUUUCGGGAUGUAUUUUCCUGCAUUUUUUCUAGUAUCAAACUCUUACGUCGGAUGUAAUCGAGCCAUGGCUGUGUCGUUUCUUGUCCUGGCAAACUCGUUUGCCUCAGUAUCCUACCCAGGCUUUAAAGUAAACCAUGUAGAAAUAGCACCCAGGUUUGCCGGUGUUUUGUACGGGAUUACUAACACCGCAGCUACGAUACCAGGGUUUGUGGCACCCUACGUAAACGGAAUUAUAUUACAAAAUAGAGGUACCACAGCCGAUUCGUGGUUGAUUAUAUUCCUCAUUGCUGCUGGUUUCUACUUCGUCGGUGGAACAGUUGUCCUGGCAACUAUUAAGACGGAAGAGCAAGAGUGGGCAAAACCUAGAAAAUAUGGUGACAGAGUUAGAGUUGAAUUGGAUAGCAGUUCUGAGGAUAGUAGUUGAAAUUACAACGUGGUGUAAAGUUAUUAUUGCUAAAUAUACAAUAUGGAGGGUCAGGGAAAUACUAAAAAUCUGAAUAGUUUCCCAAAUAGUUUCCAACACUAGACAGUCGACUUAUUUAAAUAUGUGAACUGCUACACUUACCAAGAGAUAUAUAGUGCUGAUAAUUGCCAUGACAAUGCGGUGUACGAUGAUUUAUUUCGCUACAUCACGUCUUGCAUUGAAUAUUACUAUCUCUAUACACAACAUACUGAAUAUAAUGUGCAUAGAGUUACAUGGGAACGUUGGUUUUAAG